GGGCUGAAUGUUUUCCUGUUUGUGCAUGCCUUCCUGUCAUUUGAGAGUAACAAGUACUACUACACAAGACAAAUCCUGGGGUUGGCAUUGGCCUGGGCCCAAGCCUCUGCUUGCAGCUUGCAUUUUAACAGCAUGCUGAUCCUGCUUCCCGUGUGUCGAAAUUUGCUGUCCUUCCUGAGAGGCACCUGCUCACUGAGUCCCAGCCAACUGCGCACCCUGGGAAAGCAACUGGAUCACAACCUCACCUUCCACAAGCUGGUGGCAUAUAUAAUCUGCCUACUGGCUAUUCACAUCACCACACACCUGUUUAACUUUGAACGAUAUAGCAGAAGCCGACAGGCCACAGAUGGAUCCCUUGCUUCCAUUCUCUCCAACCUAUCUCAUCAGGAGAAAAAUUCUUGGCUAAAUCCCAUCCAGUCCUCAAACACGACAAUGGAGUAUGUGACAUUCACCCACAUUGCUGGUGUCACUGGAGUGAUCAUCACAAUAGCUCUAGUUCUCAUGGUGACUUUAGCUAUGGAAUUUAUCCGGAAGAGUUAUUCUGAGGUCUUCUGGUAUACACACCAUAUUUUUAUCAUGUACUUCAUUGGCUUAGGGAUUCAUGGCCUUGGUGGACUUGUCCGGGAUCAAACAGAAAAGAACAUGGAUGAGAAUCAUCCUCACAAGUGUGCAGAGUUUUUUGAGAAGUGGAACGAUCCUGACUCCCACUGCAAGCCUCCCCAAUUUGAAGGGCUCCCCGCUGAGUCUUGGAAGUGGAUCCUUACACCAGUCAUUAUUUACAUCUUUGAAAGGAUUCUCCGAUUUUAUCGCUCCCAGCAGAAGGUUGUGAUUACCAAGGUGGUCAUGUACCCAUCCAAAGUUUUGGAAUUGCAGAUGCACAAAAAUGGCUUCAGCAUGGAAGUGGGAUGGUAUAUUUUUGUUAAUUGCCCCUCAGUCUCUUACCUGGAGUGGCAUCCCUUUACCCUGACCUCUGCUCCAGAGGAGGACUUAUUUUCCAUUCAUAUCUGAGCAGUGGGGGACUGGACAGAAAAUCUCAUAAGGGCUUUUGAACAACAGAAUUCACCAGUUCCCAGGAUCAAGGUGGAUGGUCCCUUUGGCACUGUCAGUGAGGAUGUCUUCCAGUAUGAAGUGGCUGUGUUGGUCGGAGCAGGAAUUGGGGUCACCCCCUUUGCUUCCAUCUUGAAAUCCAUCUGGUACAAAUUCCGGAAUGCAAAUCACAACCUCAAAACACAAACGAUCUAUUUCUACUGGAUCUACAGGGAGACAGGUGCGUUUGCUUGGUUCAAUGACCUAUUGGUUUCCCUGGAACAGGAGAUGGAGGAAUUAGGCAAAGUGGGUUUCCUAAACUACCGUCUUUUCCUCACCGGAUGGGACUGCAACUUUGCUGGUCAUGCAGCAUUAAGCUUUGACAAGGCCACUGAUAUCCUGACAGGUCUGAAACAGAAAACCUCCUUUGGGAGACCUAUGUGGGACAAUGAGUUUUCUACAAUAGCUACCACCCACCCCAAGUCGGCGGUGGGAGUCUUCCUAUGUGGUCCUCAGACUUUGGCAAAGAGCCUGUGCAAAUGCUGUCAUCAGUACUCCAGCCUGGAUCCUAGGAAGGUUCAAUUCUACUUCAACAAUGAAAAUUUCUGAAUUAUAAGAAUAAGGAUGGCAAUCUGCAUUUAGCCUCUGUAUCUUCAACAAUUUACUUGGUCUGGUCAGGUUUGGGCAACCACUUAAGGACAAUAACAUGUUUCUUUCAAGCCUUGACUCCCUGGUAUUCUUUUUUGAUUGGACUCAACUUCGUCAUCACUGAGCUUCAUGGACCUAAGAACUUCAGAAGUCACAAUAAUUGCAAAGCCCAUGGAUCCUUUCUCGGGAAAACAACUGUAAAUCCUUCUGGAAUGCCAUGAUUGAAACAAGGCUUGAUGGGAGACGUGGUUGACAGUUACACAAUUUAACUCCAGGUGAUUUUGUUGAUUCCAAGUGUUACUGUCUCCUGGACUCUGGGUCACAUUCUCCUCUCCCUCCCACCCACAAAGAAGAUUUCUAAGUAGGGUGAUUUUUUUUAAAUAAAAAUUUAUUAAAGAAUUAAUGACAAAACAUAAUAAUAAGCAUAAAUAGUAAAACAACAAACAUAGAAUUACCAAGAACUCAAUACCUAUAUAACACUAUGUACAUUCUUACUGUUAAACAUGGUCUUAUCCAGUGUGAACAGCAAUUUAUGCUUUACUUAUUUUUGCUUGUCAAAAAAUGAAGGAUUUUCUUCUUUGCUUAAUGAAUAAAUCUUUUGUUACUUUA